AUGGCUUUGAAAGUAAUUAUCUUUGCAUCAUUUUUGGCUUUCGCCAAAGCUGGUAGCUGGGACAGUACAUUAGCACUUCCUGCGGCUCCAGUAGUAUCAGCUUACCAGUCAGCUCCAGUAUUGGCUGCUCCUGCUGUUUCCAAAUCGUAUGUUCAAACCUACACCAGCCACCCAGCACCUGUAGCCCUUGCUGCUCCAGUUGUCGCCAAAUCAGUAGCUCCAGUAGUAUCUGCUUACUCCGCUCCAUUGGCUCUACCAGCUCACGGACCUGUUGUGUCUGCCUACUCUGCCCCAUUAUCUCUACCAAGUCACGGACCUGUUGUGUCUGCCUACUCUGCACCAUUAUCUCUACCAGCACAUGGACCUAUUGUAUCAGCCUACUCAUCUCCAUUGGUAGCUAAAAGCGUAGCUCCACUUUCGUACGCCGCUCAUUCACCAGUUGUGUCCGCUUACUCUUCUCCAGUUGUUUCCGCUUACUCUUCUCCAGUCUUAUCUUCGUACUCAGCUCCAUUGGUCGCCAAAAGCGUAGCUCCUUUAGGAUACUCUGCACAUGCUCCAGUUGUAUCGGCAUAUUCCUCACCAGUUGUGUCUGCCUAUUCAUCACCAAUUGUAGCUAAGAGUGUAUCUCCUUUAGCGUAUGCCUCUCAAGCACCAGUUGCCUAUGCUGGACACGCUGCUCCAGUUCUCUCUGCUUAUUCUGCUGGACCAGUUGUUCAACCUUGGUAA